CUAAAAGAUUAAGGGGAGACUAAGUCAGAUGUCGGAGAAGCGAAAUAUACUUGAUCACAAACGUAGAUUGCUUGCGGCUAAAUAUGAAUUGAGACGAAAGCUUUAUAAAGCCUUUAGUAAGGAUUCCGAUCUUCCAUAUGAGAUGCGGGACAAGCUUCGUUAUAAGUUGUCCAUGUUGCCAAGAAAUAGUGCCUUUGCACGAAUAAGAAACCGAUGUAUUUCCACGGGUCGCCCUCGUUCCGUAGUUAAGUUCUUUCGCAUUUCUCGUAUUGUUUUUCGUGGAUUAGCAUCUCGAGGUCCUUUGAUGGGCAUUACAAAAUCCUCUUGGUAGCACAACAAAGGUUAUAGCUCCGAAGCUGGUACACAAGCAAGGGUUUUAGGUACAUUACCAUAUGGCUCCUGACCGAAAAGACCUAAUAGAGUAAUCCCAACUCUCGCAGCAGAGAUGAUAACAGCACGGGAAUCGAUUGGCUCUCCACCGAAUCAGACAUAGACUUCAAGCUGGGUAGUACUCUUGGAAAGAUAGAAGAUCACCCCGUGAACAACAUCUAAAGUGACGAAUGGCACCACCAAGACAUUAUUAACAAUUCUUUUUCCAUUGUCAGAGAACUCUUGUUCAUGUUCACGCCUACGUGCUGAGCCCACCAUUUAAGUCAGAGUCUGGGAGUGGGCCCCAUUACUAACACAACCAAAUAGGGUUCCAAAUGAGAAAGACCAAUAUGUUAUUCGUUUCGUUGGUAGAACCUACGCUCAUUUUACAAUAUGAUAGUUGAUUGACUCUCUCUCGUCCAAUAAAAAGCCAUAAUAGUAUAUCCGAGAGUCAAGUCACUUUCAACACUUCUGAUUCUCUCCUUUCCAAAGCUCCACAAGGCAAGCAAAAUACGUCAAGUAAUAGGAGUCGAAAUUCCAUAAGUAAUAGGACAUGACAUACUGUAGUAGCUUGGUUUGUUCAUUGGUCUUUCUUUCUUUUUGAGUUCUUUCUUAGUUUAGAUGGAAAUC